AUGGCUUGUAUUAACGGUUCAUCGCCUUCGCUUUCUUCACUCAUCUUUGUAACUGAUCUCCCAUCGUAUGGUCUCAUUGGUUUAAGCAUUAUUGGCCUGAUCCUCUACUUUGCUUACAUUUUUACUUUUAUACGAAAUUCGCCUACAUCGUUAUCAAAUGUUUAUAUAUAUUUUGCUCAAUUUGCACUUUUUCUGUUAUUAAUAUCUCCAAUUACGUUCCUUUUUCGGCCAUCAGCAUCCGUAAACGUUGUAUGUCCUACUCAAACAUUAUCAUUGCAAAUUCUGCCGUUUUGUUUACUACUCGGCUUGAAUGUACAUUUUGCUUAUGAAUGGUUAUUGAAACUAACAAAUCCAUUGCGAAAAUCUUGUCUUAUUGCCAUUAGUUCAUUCCUGAUCUUUUUUCUUGGUGUUUUAAUUCAAACAGCGAUCCUUCUCAUCUGGUUCUACAACAACAACAACAAUAAUCAACAGAUUGUUGAUCUAUGUACAAACGAAUGUCCACGACCACUAUUUUUAUGUUCCUUAUUAUUCAAUUUCUUUCUUCUUUUUCUCUACUCCCUCCAAUCAAGUGUCCGAUAUCAUUUCCAUAAUCAAUCAUUCGAUUUUGUUUACUUAUUAACUAGCCUUCUUGCUCUAUGUGUCACAAUAACUUGGGCUUGUCUAUAUCUGUUUCUUCCAUCGAAAUCUCUCUACACAUUCUAUAUGAAUUCGAAUUAUAUUCUCGCUUAUGGAACAUUGUUUUUUGCGUAUGCAUUCAUCGGUCCAUUUCUCUACGAACGAUUGUUCUAUCACCAUCAAACCGAACCAGCAGCGCCACGAAAAGCAAAAGCUCAUUCGAAUCAAAUUAAUAGAAUGACAUUUAAAUGUCUGUCCUUGUCAAAAGAACAACAACGCGCAUUCAUGGCUGCAUAUAUUAAACGCAAUCUCACAGCUUCAUGUGAGAAUCUCACCAGCAAGAAUCAUUCAUCGCCUCAACAAUCGAAUCCAACACGACAUUCAACCCUGAGUGUCGAAAGUUUGUGUCCAACAUUGAUCAGUAAUGUGUCUUCGGAAUCUCCGCCAAUGAUUAAUUACGAUAUGUCGAAUUGUGGUACGUUAACAAGCGAAUAUUUUCUCAUACCGAAUCCCAAUGAAGUAAUAUCGUGA